GAAGGGCCAUAAAAUUGAGAAGCGAUGGUCCAGCACACGGGGUCCUGCCACUGCAAGGCCGUGACGUUCGAGUUUGAGGCGCCGGCGAAGCUCGUCGCGUGGGACUGCAACUGCUCGAUCUGCGCCAUGAAGAAGAACGUGCACACGAUCGUGCCAAGCGCAGCCUUCCGCCUCACGGCCGGCGCCGACAAGCUCACGACAUACACGUUCAACACGCACACGGCCAAGCACCAGUUCUGCAGCGUCUGCGGUGUGCAACCUUUUUACAUCCCGCGCAGCAACCCCGACGGAUUCGCGAUCACGAUCGCCUGCAUUGCACCGGGCACGGUCCAGCACGUUGAGGUCAAGCGCUACGACGGCCAGAACUGGGAGGCCCAGUACGAGACGGCCGACAUUGCCAAGUACUCUAAGGCAUAAGAAUACGCGGCAACACGACUCUUUUU